UACUAAAUUUUAAUAUGAAAUCGUUCGUAUAUAUUUUUUUCAUUGCUGCAGUGGUAUUGCAAGCCGCUAUUGGUACGCCUGUUGCGCCAGCUGCUAGUAAGGACCUAGAAACUGAUUUACUGCCAUCGGUCAAUCUUGAGCAGAACGCACAAAAAGUGGACUUGACCCGUUUGCGUAAAUCUGCUGGUUAUGGAGGAAGCAGUGGUGGUUAUGGUGGCAAAGGUGGCAGUAUUCCAGCUCCGGCUUGCCCAAAAAAUUAUCUCUUCAGCUGUCAACCUAAUUUAGCAGCUAUACCAUGUGCCUCAUCGUCCGGUUCUUAUGGCUCACAAGGCGCCUACUCAGUACCAGUUCCAACAUACGCCAACCCUCUGCAUGGAAAUUAUCAAUACGCUAUAGCAUAUAUACCUCAAGGACUUUUUAACAAUCAUCAAUAUUACCAAUAAUAGAUACUAACUAAAACUAACUAACUAAUAAAAAUUAAAUG